AUGUCGCUCAAUAUUUGCUCCAGACGGGCCAGCAUCCGACUUCUUCUCUUGCGGGGGAGCUCCAGAACUCGUCUCGGCCGUGCGAAUCAUCCCGACGGAUUGCUGCCAAUCCUUUGCCGUGGCAUCUCCUCUGCUCACUCUGAUGGACAUCAAAAGAUCCUAUCCGAGAACCUUAAAGAGGCCGACCCUGCCGUUUACAAAAUUAUCCAGCAAGAGAAAAGCCGCCAAAAACAUUUUAUCAAUUUGAUCCCAUCCGAGAACUUCACGUCCCAGGCGGUUCUCGAUGCCUUGGGAAGUGUCAUGCAGAAUAAAUAUUCAGAAGGCUACCCUGGAGCACGGUAUUAUGGUGGUAACCAGUUCAUUGACCAGGCGGAGAGACUUUGUCAGCAGCGGGCUCUCAAGGCGUUCGGUCUCAAGGAAGAGGAAUGGGGGGUCAACGUGCAACCACUCUCUGGUUCUCCGGCGAACCUCUACGCAUAUUCCGCACUCCUUAAUACCCAUGACCGUAUCAUGGGCUUGGAUCUUCCCCACGGCGGCCAUCUUUCCCACGGAUAUCAAACCCCAACGAAGAAAAUUUCCGCUGUGUCUAAAUAUUUCGAGACACUCCCAUAUAGGUUAGAUGAAUCAACCGGCCUCAUCGACUAUGACAAACUAGCAGACUUGGCCCAGCUCUAUCGACCAAAGCUCAUCAUUGCCGGCACAUCCGCAUAUAGCAGACUCAUCGAUUACCCGCGCAUGCGCAAAAUUGCUGAUAGCGUCGGUGCUUACUUACUCUGUGAUAUGGCCCAUAUUUCCGGAUUAGUUGCUGCUGGCGUUAUACCCUCGCCAUUUGUACACUCGGACGUCGUUACAACUACAACCCAUAAAUCCCUCCGAGGACCCCGUGGCGCCAUGAUUUUCUUCCGCAAGGGAGUCCGCCACACCGACGCCAAGGGCAACCCAGUGAUGUAUGACCUCGAGAACCCCAUCAAUGCGUCCGUUUUCCCCGGUCACCAGGGCGGGCCCCACAACCACACCAUCAGCGCGCUCGCCGUAGCCCUGCAGCAGGCGACCACCCCAGAAUUCAAAACAUACCAAGAAACCGUUCUUGAGAACGCCAAAGCACUGGCGGACCGGCUUGGCAAGCCCACCAACAGUGGCGGGCUGGGCUACAACAUCGUUUCCGGCGGCACAGACAACCAUCUUGUGCUCGUCGAUCUGAAGAACCGCGGCGUGGACGGGGCGCGUGUGGAGCGGGUGCUUGAACUGUGCGGCGUGGCGAGCAACAAAAACACCGUGCCCGGUGAUAAGUCUGCGAUGAAACCCGGCGGCCUACGAAUCGGGACACCGGCGAUGACAUCGCGUGGCUUCGGGCCAGAGGACUUUGUGCGAGUUGCGGACAUCGUCGACCGUGCGGUGACGAUUACGCAGAAACUGGAUAAGACCGCCAAAGCGGAUGCGGAGGCAAAGAAGAAGAAGAACCCUGGCAGCGUGAAAGCGUUCCUGGAGUAUCUGGGCGAAGGACAGGCGAUCCCUGAGAUCACGACAUUGAGACAGGAGGUUGAGGAUUGGUGCCCAUGA